AUGAGAGAAACUGGAGAGUGGCAGGAAGUCCGGCGUCGGAAGAGAAAAGAAGACAAUGAAGACAUAAACAAAUCAGCAAUAUCCUAUUUCUUCCAGAAUUUUCCCGCAUCAGUUGGAAGAAAGAGAUUUAUGGAGGAUAUUUCAAGAAUAUGGUCUGGUAGUAGACGUAUACAUUGCAAAGAAAAAGAACAUAAAAAACAAGAGCUUCGCAUAAACUUAGCAAGAUUCCAACGUAGAAAACCGCCACCCCGACACCAACCCCAUGACUACCCAGAACGAUCCUACCCUAUCAUGGCUGACAGCCAAGAAAAAUACAACCAUCAUCAUUCAGGAACGUACCACCAUAUAACAAAACACCACAGAAGAAUCAACCAUCCCAAUCAACAUCCUCCUUACAAAACCUAUGCUGAAGCAGUCCAAGGAAUCCCUCUCAACCCAUACUCACCACCUACCACAAACCAUCCAGAAGCACCGCAGCACAAAGUGCCAAUGGUCAAAAUGUCAUCCACUCCGGAAACCAAGGAAUUUCUGAAGAGAGCACUCAUAGGUGAAACCGAAAACUUUCAAACCCUAAUGAACGUGAAAGCUUUCAAUGAUGUCGAAGGAUGCCCAAACAUUGUUAUGAGAUAUCUGGGGGGUCUUAAGAUGCUUGUCGAAUUUGAAAGUGAGUCAGAGAAGAAUAAAAUGUUGACAGAGGAGAGCAUAUAUGGAGACCAUGGUUCAAAAAUCUAUACCACUGGAAACCGGAAGAAAACUUCAAUGAGAGAAUUGCUUCCAUCAUGA